AUGGUUAUGGAAUUGAAUUACAAGAUGGAUCUCAAUAAACAGCCUGCUGAAAUGGAGAAGCCAGACCCGUUUUAUAGAAAUGAAGAUGGACAAGCUGAACUAAAGAAGAGGAAGCAUGGGGAGCCUUUGGAUUUUGAGGGGCCUUAUUUCACUACUGGAGGAGGAACCAGUAACAACCGCAAUGCUAGAAUCAAGGUGAAAAGUCGCAAAUCCCAGAUACAUAACAGCAAAGGAGGAGCUGAAGAAUUUGCAGGGGAAGAAGAACUCCCUGAACAGCAACAACAUCUUGUAUCUUCUGAAGCGCCGGUGGCCGGCUAUAAGCCACCAGGAGCUGAAUGA